AUGACCCAGGUGAGAUCAUACCUGGAGAUAACUGGAAAAAGAAUCACAUCUAAAACAAUGCCAAAAAGAAAAUCUCCAACAACAGAAACCACCUUUAAUGAGGGUUUGGAAGUGUUUGUCCCCGAUCCAGAACAAGUAUGGAUACCUGGAAUUGUCAAAACAGUGAAGGGAUCUACUCUACUUGUUAAAACUGCACUGCAAGAAGUGACAGUAAACAAAAAAUAUGUUUUGUUGAGAGCCAAUGAAAAUUACAUAAACUGUGAUUAUCUUACCAAAUUAAAUUUGAUCAAUUCUGCUGCUGUUCUAAACUGCCUGGAUUUAAGAUUCCAGCAAGAUGUUAUCUACACUGUUGGCGGAAAUAUGUUGGUGGUAGUCAAUCCCUUUAAAGAGCUGCCAACUAUUUAUGAAAAAGAUGUUUUAUUGUCAUAUACUGCUGAAAAAAGCAAUUCAUUGGAGCCUCACAUUUAUAGCAGUGCAAGGGCUGCCUAUAAUUGUAUGAUUCAACAUGUUGGCAAGGGUAGCCAAAUUAUUGUGGUUAGUGGUGAAAGUGGUGCAGGCAAGACUGUGUCAGCCAUGUAUCUUCUAAAUUAUUUAACAGCUGUUUCCAACCUUCAGACUUGUUUGGAGAAUUCUUUAACUGGUAGUAACAUUGAGAAAAAAAUACUGGAAUCCAAUCCUAUAUUGGAAGCAUUUGGAAAUGCCACAACAACCAGGAAUGAAAACAGCUCCAGAUUUGGCAAAUUUAUUCAACUACACUUUAACAGAUCUGGCAGCAUGAAAGGUGCUACCAUUAGCACUUAUUUAUUAGAAAAAACUAGAGUGACUCACCACAAUGCAGGUGAAUGCAAUUUCCAUAUUUUCUAUCAGAUUCUGCAAGGCCUAAAACAAGAUAACAACAAUGGUUAUAGUCUUCAGAACUUGUGUAUUAGUGAGGACAUGAAAUUUAGAAUACUUCCAGAGCGUCCAGGGAGAACAGCUGAAAUGGACAGUAAAAAAUUUCAGAACACAUUGCAAGCUUUGGAAGAAGUUGGAAUUACUGAAAAUCAGAAGCAGUCUAUAUUCAGAAUCCUGUUUGGUAUUCUGUACUUGUGCAAUGUUGAAUUUACAAAAGGACAUGAUGAAGAAUGUGCUGCCAUAAAAAACAACACGCAAACUGUAAUUGGCAUAAAUACAGUAUCAGAACAACUUGGGAUUGACAGUAAAAGGCUUGAACAAGUUCUUCUGCACCGUAGCAUCCAUUCAGGGAGUAAAGCCCAUCGGAGUAUGUUUGUCAAACCUAUCCGGAUGGAAGAAGCUAACAGUCGACGUGACUGUUUAGCUAUGCUGCUCUACUCAAAAUUAUUUGAUUGGCUAGUGAAAUUCAUCAAUAGUCAAUUCCAAACAGAAUCUGGCAAAGAAAUUAUUGGCCUGCUGGAUAUUUAUGGAUUUGAAUGUUUUGAACAGAACAGUUUGGAACAGUUAUGCAUAAAUUAUGCAAAUGAGCGAUUGCAACAACACUUUGUUAAACACUUCCUAAAAAAUUUGCAGGAAGAAUACAUUCAAGAAAAUAUUGGAUGGAUAUAUACUGAUUUUUCUGAUAACCAAUCAUGUAUCGAUAAUUUGGAUGGCAUCCCUGGAAUAUUCAGCAUCUUGAAUGAGGAGGUUUACUUAAAUCGACUCAUAGAUACUAAGAUGCUUGGUGAACGUAUUGUCAAGUUGACCCAAGGAAUUUUGGGAGGUGAUGUUCAAAAUGGAAACCUUACAUCUCCUGCCAGGAAUGAUCCACUGCUACUUUCCAAUCAGAGACCCGUCAACAGUAGAAGCUUCCUAUCAAAACAGAUAUUUUCUUCGCAUAUGAAACACAGUAGACAAAAGGCUGGGCCAGAAUUUACAGUGAAGCAUUUUGCUGGGGAUGUCACAUAUCAAGUAUCAGCUUUAGUUGAUAAAAACAAGGAUAAUAUACCUGCUGAACUGGAAAGCCUCUUGUUGUCAAGUCACUUUGAUUUUGUGAAGCAGAUAAUGGACAUCUCUAACAUCGAUUUAGAAAGAGCAUUAGAGGAACUACCAGGGAAAAAGAAGAAAACUGUUUUGACAAAAUUCAAGAGCUCCCUUGACCAACUUAUGUCUUCCUUAAAUGCUGCUAAUGUUCACUAUGUACGCUGCCUGAAGCCAAAUAGUGAAAAUACUCCUAAUAAGUUUGAUCGUCUCUAUAUGAUGUCUCAGCUGAAAGCCAAUGGAAUUAUAGAGACAGUGAAAAUAAGCCAACAAGGUCAUCCAGCAAGGUUUACAUAUCGUAAUUUUCUUCAGCGUUACUACAUGAUUCUGUCACGAAAGAAAUAUCUAUCAAAAAUGGAACCUAAUAACAACCACCUGCAUGACACAAACUCCUCAUUGGAUGUUAUCAUGGAAAACUUAUCUCAACAAAGACUUGAUAUUCCCAAAAAAUCCAGAAUGAGUGCCACACCAAGGAAAGUGUUGCGGAGACGGACAGAUAACUUAUGCCUGUCUAAUGGUCUUGCAAGCUUAGAACAUUUGAUGAAGUGCUGUGCAGCUGUUCUUAAUGAAGUUUGUGAAUCUCAGAAUGAGGUUGAUGCUGUCACAUUCAGCAGCCAUUUUGGAAAGACCAAGAUUUUCCUGUCACAAGUUCAGUUUGACAAGCUUGAGUCUGCCCGGUCAUUAGUGAUCAUUGAGAAAGCAAUCACAAUUCAGCAAGCAUGGCAUCGAUAUAAACAACGGAAAUAUUAUUUGAGAAGGAAAAAAGCUGUUUUAUGCAUCGAGAAAGUAACUCCACAUGACACAGGUGUUAAAAGGUGGUUAGUCCGUCAAAGAGAUCAACUUCAGCAGCAACUGCUAACAAUGGCUAACAACCUGGAGUUAAAUGAUAACAGUGAAGUUGGAGUUUGUCCAUUAUCUAAUAUUGAAGUUAACUCAACCAACUACCAAAUGGAAUUAAAUGCUAAUCAGCAUGACAAUGUACAAAAUCUCAUUCAGUUAAGCAGAGACAGUUCAGUGCUGAGAAAUAACAAUGAUUGUUCUCAGUCAGCAAGUUUUGAAACAGACUAUGAUAAAUGCACUCACCGCCGGACUUGCUUGAUGUCUGGGUUUGGUCCUGAUCCAGGUGAACCUCCACAGAAACGUCUGAAAAUAUCCUGCCAGCAGUAUGCUUCACUCAAGAAUGUCAGCAUUGGAGAUGGAGAAGUCAGUCGACGAAGACUUCCAAAGUAA